AUGUGGCUUUUUGCCUUAUUGAUCCUCCUGAGUAACGGAAAGAUUUCCACGUCUUCUAUUCCGACUUCAACGUGCCCUCUAGCACCAGUCUAUACAUCUGCUACGCUGCAUGGCUUUGACAUUUCUCCAGCGCUCUUCCCCUCCAAAUCUACCCUGCCGACUAACAUCCACCUAUCAGUUCUGGAUGCUCGGCAACCCAUCUCAGAUGAUCUACGUGGCAUAUAUGACCUGGUGCACAUUCGUUUGAUAGCUGUAGGCCUGAAACCAACUGAAUGGACCACUGUUGUACAUGAGAAUAUGAUCGCAGCUGGAUUGGUGGCCGUUCAAAGCGACUUUGUGAGCUCGGAUCGACUUCCAGAGACGCGGAAAGCAAUGACAGAGAACGGCAUGCUUGCUAUCUUUUCUUGGGCCAGACUUAUGACGGCAAAAAAGUCUCCUGGUUUUCUAACACUGGAAAGACUAUCUGAGCUUGAGCGCCAGAUGAAAAGGGAAACCUAUGCCGGAGCCGCCAAGUACGGUGCGUCAAAAUUGACUACUUUGACGUCGUUACCCGAUAGCAAUAGCAAAGACUUAUCAGGACACAUUUCAAAUUCUGUAAGCCCUUAG